CGCACCAUGGCAGCUUCCAACUGGACCAUGCCCCACCCCUCCACCUUCAUCCUCCUCGGCAUCCCGGGGCUGGAGGCGGUGCACGUCUGGAUCUCCAUCCCCUUCUGCUCCGUCUACCUUCUGUCCCUCCUGGGGAAUGGCCUCCUCCUGGCUGUUAUCAAGACCGAGCCCAGCCUCCACGAGCCCAUGUACCUUUUCCUUUCCAUGCUGGCGCUCGCCGACCUGGUCAUCUCCACCACCGCCCUACCCAAAACCCUCUGCAUCUUCUGGUUCAGUGACCGGGCCAUUCACAUCAACGCUUGCCUGGCCCAGAUUUUUUUGAUUCACUCCGUAACUACCAUGGAGUCCGGGUUUAUGUUGGCCAUGGCCUUUGAUCGCUACGUCGCUAUCUGUAACCCGCUGCGACACUCAAUCAUCCUCACCAAUCAGGUCGUAGCCAAGAUAGGGCUGGUCAUUGUGAUGAGGGGGGCCGUGUUACUGGGCCCACACCCAUUCCUGCUGAAGCAGCUCCCGUACUGCAGGACCAAUGUCAUUUCUCACACCUAUUGUGAGUUCAUGGCACUCGUGAAACUGGCCUGUGAGGACACGACAGUCAUGAGUUCCUACAGUCUGGCAGUAGUGUUUCUCGCCGGGGGGUUAGAUUUUAUCCUCAUUGUCCUGUCCUACAUCCUGAUCCUCCGGGCUGUCUUCAGACUCCCCUCCAAGGAGGCGCGACACAAGUCGCUUAGCACCUGCAGCUCCCACGUCUGCGUCAUGCUGGUGUUUUACACCCCUGCGAUCUUCACCUACCUCUCCCACCGCUUCGGCCACAUGGUUCCCCACAUUCACAUCCUCAUCGCCAACAUUUACCUGCUCUUUCCUCCCAUGAUGAACCCCAUCAUCUAUGGGGUGAGAACCCCGGGGAUCCGGCAGAGGGCGCUCCUCAUCUUGGGCGUCAAACCAGCCUGA